UGAUACAUCGGCCAUCGAUAUGUCGCGUUGCUCGUGUUGCCCUUGAGUCCAUCCAUAAAAUUACUGUUUUUUUUUUAAAAAUCGUAAUAAUCUAGACAAAGUUUGAUUGAAUAGAUUUUGUUUAACAGUAACAAGUGUUUUCAUGUGAUUGACGUGGUUAUAAUUGUUGUGAAGUGCUGAAAUCGUAUAGCGUCACCUGACUAAGCUCAUUGUCAUUUCCCGCCAUUGUGGUUGCUAAAACUAAUUUCGAUUUUCUGCUAUCUUAGAACAGUUUAGAUGCAGAAUCAUUAAUUUGUGUUAUUUAGUGGCUGAGUUAUGUCAUUGCACGGUAAUGACGUUUGUUUAUUAGAAAUAGAAGACUAUAACUUAUACGAAGAAGAAGCAUCUGAUCACGCUAGUUCAAGGUAGUGAAAAAAAUUCUUCACCGGGAAGUAAAACUAUGGAGGCGGAAAAGAGGAUUCGGCGUGAAAUUGCUAAUAGCAAUGAACGUAGAAGAAUGCAGAGUAUAAAUGCAGGCUUUCAAGCUUUGCGCACUUUGCUACCGCGCCAUGAGGGAGAAAAACUUAGUAAAGCUGCCAUAUUACAACAAACUGCUGAAUACAUUUAUUCUCUUGAGCAAGAGAAGACGAGACUUCUUUCACAAAACUGUCAAUUAAAGAGAUUGCUGAACCAACAUGAAGGAGGUGAAAUACCAAUUAAGAAAAGAAAAAAUGAAGUUAUACCUGUUCAUGUUCCAUCGAUAAUUCCUGACUCAACUGAUGAUACUCUUACAAGUUCAAUAUCGCCAGAACCAGUCGCUGUAAUAACAGUAUCAAAUAUGUCUCAGAAAAAAGAACCUGAAAAUAGUGAAUUACGUGUGCAGCUUGAACGUGAGCAGCGAUUGCGUCGUUUAUUGGAAGAGAGACUUCAUACUUUGGAGACACAAGUGUACACUGAAUCUGAUAAAGAGCUUCCUGCACCGGUGGUACACUAUGAAGAAACUGACAUUGCUGAGUGUAAGUUGGAAAAAGAAGAGGGUGAAACAAAGCUAGUGGAAGCACCAGUUGCCACUCCUCUAUUAGAAGCAGCAAUUAAAGCUGAACCGAGAGUUGAAGUAGAAGUACUACCAGAUGCUGCUCAUGAUGCUUCGUCACGCUUGUAUCUUGCUAGUACUAGCCGUCAGAAUUUAGAAACAAUAGUAGAGGCCAUCCGUCAUCUAGAGGGAGAUCACUUAUUCAGAGAGGAAACAGGUGAUGCACCACUUGCAUUGACCAAAAAGGUUGACCGUGCGCCCCCUCAAAGACCUGGAGUUAUUGUAGUGAAGCAUUCGUGAUUGCAUUGAACUAGUCUCGGACUUUCAGCUCAAUAAAAGGCUUCUGUUGAAAGAUCCCUCCUGACCCUCCUCGAAUAUAGUUUUGUAAUUUUAGUUGUAUAGUUGUCUUUCCAAAGUGACAAAUUGAUAAGUCUGCGUUUUGUUUAUUUUAACAUAUUGAAGUUAAGUUGAAUAAAAUAUUAAUGUUAGAUGCAUGAUAUGUGACAUAAGUCUAUUGGCGCUGUGCUUAGUUUAGUCUCAAAUAUUACUAUGAUGAAUGAUUAUUAAUUUACUCAGGCUUAUUUUAGAUAAGUAAAUGGACCGAAAAAUGUCUGAAAUUGAGUAAGAAUUGGUAAAAAGGGUAGCAUGUCACUUGCCGAUAUCUUUUUACAAGUAAUACUGAUAAAAUUAAUUUGAAUUGUUGUAAAUAUUAUUUUUAAUUUAAAUUUGUCAAAUGUAACUUUGUUUUUUUUUAUUUUAGCAAUUGUAUUGCUAUAUUUGUCAUUCUGUAUGUAAAGGCUAAUAUGAGCAAUAUUUAAAUCAAAUUGAAACUGGAAAAAUUAUAAUCUUUUUUUCUUCUUAACUAUAAAUAGCAUUGGAUCUGUGUAAAAAGCAAUAAAAAAAUAGAUGAUAGAUGGUUGUUAGCCAUAGAAAAGCAAUAAUAACUGGUUACUUAAUUAUUUACAAGAUUGGAAUAUUUAGUCAUAUAUCAGGAUGCCUAGUAUGUAAAAUGGAUUUCUAAUGUUUUACUUUGUUAACAACAGUUACAUUGGAUUUAUUAUCUCUCAAUUAAGUUUGUUAAAAUGUUUUGUGCUUAUCGUACGAAUCAUUUUUUUUUUUAAUUAAAAAAGCAACCAUUUACUAAUUCUUGAUGCAAUUUGGUUUAAAGGUUUACCUUAGAUAGUUAAGGUAAUGUCAUGCCAAAAUUAACUUGAAAUUUAUGAAAUAAAAUUUUCUUGUCCAGUGUAUGUCCUCUUUAAAAUAAAUUCCAGUGCUUACUUUAAAUUUGAUAUUAGUAGGUUAUUAUUAGUGGCUAUUGUCAACCUUUAGUAAAGCAUUCCAAGUGAUUCAAGUCUCGCUUUAUAAGUAAAUAUACUUACAAAAUGUAGGUUAUGUAUGAAUUAAUCUGGUUAGAUUUUUUGUAUAAAGACUAUAUAUAAUUGCCUUUGAACAUUCUUAAAAUAUUUGGUUUAAUAGGUAGCCAUAUUAAUAUUAUUUUUUGUAUGUAACAAAAAACAAUUUUUUUUAAUUCAUAAUAGAAUCUCAAUGAGAUGAGAUGUAUGCUUGCAAUUUACAUUGCUAAAGAAUUUAUUGCAAACAGCUAUAUAGCGGGUCUGAGCUGUUUUGCAAUUUGGUUACACAAAGACAAAAUAUCUAUUUAAAAAUCAAGUGUGAUCUGUCCUAAUAUAAGGUGAAAUAAAUAUCAUCUAUUUGUUUUUUUUUUCUAUGUUGUGGGAUAUGUACCAGUUAUGGAUUGCCAUAACUAGUAAUUUUUAUAUAUUUAAAAGUAAUUUUAUCAUUUGGUUUGAUGUGCUGAACUUUUUGUUAAAAUCUAACCAGCAGUGCUUUUUGUUAAUAUUUUCUUUAGUAAGUUUGAUAUUUUUAAUUUGACUCAGCAACAGAGUGAUAUACGAUGUAUUAUAUGAAAAAUAGUGCCGUGAUCCUAGAUAUUGGAUCAUUGAAUUUAUUAAGACUGAUCAUUAAUUCAUUAUUAAGUUACGCUAGUUCGAUCCACCAUACUGGUCAUGUUUGUGUGAAUGUGUGCAUUUUUAAUUAUGUAAUAAUUUAUAUGUGUGUAUGAUAUAGUGAUGCUGAAGUCUUUAGUAGGUUUUAAACUGACAGAUUUAUCUGAGAUUCUUAAUUAUGAGCUAGCAAUAAUUGAGUCAAUGUUAUAGGUAAAUAAAAUUAUUGAAAAUAAUAAAUAAAUUUAGAAUCUCUCUAAUUCUGUUAGUUUUCAUAAAUAAGCUUUUUUGUUCCAUGACUGAUUGUAAUUUAUUUUUGCAUGUGUUUCUUACCUUGAAUUAUUAGGGACAGUACUUUAGUUAAUUGCAGAGUAAGCAUAACAAACCAGUGUUUUUUAAUAAGAAAACAUAUUCAUUGAUCAGAUAAUGUAGUUAUUUUUAUGUAAAUAAACUAAGAUACUAAUUACAUAGUAUGAUAAUGAAAUGUGACUUUCUUAUAAUAUUUUUUUAUCUUUGCUGUUAAUUAAACGAGAUCUUUAGAACUAAUUUACACACUCUGUUUCUGAGUCCCUAGUUGUAAGGAGUUGUCUGCCUACCGCCUUUUACAUUAUGUCAGUAUAGGAUAAUAAAAGAAUGUAACAUAACGGACUUGGUUAUACUAUUAGUGUAGUCAAAGUAUCUAGGUGUUAAGAGAUUUUAAGUCAAAGAAAGCAAGUUAAAUUGUUUAAAAUGUGUUAUUAUUUAUGUCUUAAAGUAUUAAAAUGGUUAUUUCUUAUUAAUUAGUUUGUAAAUCGUAAUCUUCAGUAUAUUCAUUACAGCUUUGUUUCUGCGCCCUCGAAAACGAUUAAACGUUUUAUCAUCUUAAAUAAAAUUAUUUCAUAAUUACUACAUUUAGAUCAUGUCUAUAUUUGCGAAAAUAAAUAUAUUGAAUAGUGCUAUUGUAUUAAAAUAAAUAAAUAUAGGUAUAAAGUUUUUGUUGUCAAUCAAAACUUAAUACAUUUUCUACACUCUAUCUCAUGUUCUUUAUUGUUAGAAAUGAAUAUUGUAAUAGCAAUUUAAUAAAUUCCAUAAUACAUACAAUUUUUUAUGCAUUUUUAAAUUAGUAUUUGGUUAAAAUAGAAUUGAUUAUGUUAAAGAAAAUAAAAAUGAGUUUGAAGAGUCAUUUUGUAAUUAGAGAUGGGGUGAAAUAGUAAAUUUUAGUGUACAGUUUGUAAUCCUAAACCACCUGCUUUUAUUAUAAAUAAAUAUUCUAUGUAGUUAUAGGCGCAUUGUAAUAUAUUUUCAUCCAAUCUCUAAUUGACUCAAGUUCCUAUACAUAGAUAGUUAUGAUCAAUAUUUUUUACAGCUCGUAAUAAGGAUAUUAACGAUAAAGUGUAGAAAACUACGCAUGAAUGUUUCCUUUUUGAUAUGAAGAUGGUAAAAAUAUUUCCUCUGAUUUUAAUUGUAUCACAUUUGACCUACAUUUACGAAUAUUUAUAAAAUAUUGAUA